AUGUCUCUCCCCAGAUCUGUGUUUGCGGCUUCAAAAUCCAGACCGGGCAAUGGGGAGAUAGUCCUUGCACUCUUCCCACCUGGAAGGCAGAUCCUGCAGACCUGUACAUACCAAUAUCCACUUAAGCUCAUUGCACCUGAUCCACACAAGGUUGGAGAUGACAGGCAGGUGACAGUUGCAUUUCUCCUAACUUAUGGCGGAGGACUAGUUGGUGGCGACCAGAUCAAUCUAAAAGUUGACUUACUGGAGGCAACACGGCUGGUACUGUUGACUCAAGGGAGCACCAAGAUUUUCAAAUCUCCAUCUCGCACCGUGGUGAGCGGGCAGAACCUCGAUGUCAAGAUUGGGCCUCAGGCCGCCCUCUGCUACUUGCCCGAUCCAACACAACCCUUUGCAGAAAGUGUCUACGGGCAGAAACAGACCUUUUACGUCGAUCCGAGUGGAAUGAGCAGCCUGCUCAUGCUGGACUGGGUCAGUGAAGGGCGGCGGGCUAGAGGUGAAAGCUGGACCUUGUGGAGUUGGAAAGGCAGGAACGAGGUUCGAGAAUUUGACGAGAGAUCUCGGGGGAGAUUGUUGCUUCGAGAUGCAGUCAUGCUGCAUGACGACGGGCUGGGUACAACAGGUCUCGUGGACAAAUCAAACAAUCUAGGCAUAUUUGGGACACUCAUCGUUUAUGGCCCUCUCUUUGAGAAGCUGGGAGGCUUUCUUAUCCAACAAUUUGCCAAACACCCGCGGAUUGGGGCAAAGAAUUGGACGCAAAAUGAUCAUGUCAAGGCUGAACAGGUUGACUUAGCGAGCAAGGAGGCAGAAUUGAGCAAGCAACGCGAACGAGAAGAUGGAUUGCUGUGGACCGCGGCCCAAGUGCGUGGUUUUGUACUGGUUAAAUUUGGAGCGAAGGAGCUUGAUGGAGCUCGACGGUGGCUUGGUGGCAUGCUCAAGCAGGAGGGCACCGUGGAAAGAGAGUUUGGCCAUCAAGCACUCCUUUGUCUCCGGUGA